GGGCUUAAGGCGCCAGGGUUUCUGCUCCAAGCGUUCGAUGACUCGGAAAUUGGAGAGCGAGCAGCGGACAAAUUGCGAACAGAUCUGCGCAAAAGACGAGGACGGGAGUGCGGGAGGAUGUCACUUUGAGGUCGAAUGCCACUUGGAAUUUGGAGUGGAUUGAUUUGGCCGUCGGUUGCCUCGGUCCGUGUCUUCCACAGGCAGUCGAAGAAGAAGACGAAGAGAGGCUGUGUAAUUCUGGCAUGUCGUUCGCGGCUGCCGAUCACCGCCCGAUCGACAUGGAGCGCCUGUCAGUCUGUAAUUGUUGUGCAUAAGCCGCCGUUGUUUGUAGAAAGUGUGGUGGCCAGCAUCCAUGGCGGGUAAACUCGCACGCCGAUCGAACGCAUUGCUGUGCAGGAGAGUGCUCCACAGCACUCUGCUGUCCUCCUCUAGCUCCUGCACCGUGUUGCAGCCGGAGCUUAGGAUCGUCGUAAAUGUCAGCAGGGUUGACGACAGGCGUGUCAGUGGCGAUGUGAAUUCCGAUUUGAGCUCGAAGGAAUUCUUGCUCCGAGCAGAUGCAAAUUCUAAGUCAUCGGCGCAGGCACGGUGUCUUCUUUUUAGUAAUUCUCAGCUUGUCUGUAGACCCUUGUCAUCAUCAGCGUGGUCGUCGUCUUUGCGAGCAGCAGGUAGUUUUCGAGGCGCGAGGCAUGUGGAUGACUUGCAGGACCAGCUCGGAAGACGGGUGCAUGGGUUUUGUGCACUGACGGAAACGGGGGCGGGGACACCGACUAUGGAGCCUGAAACUGUAGCUGCUGGUCGUUCCACACCAGGUGAUUUACAUCUCCCGAAGCUCGUGAAUCCCACCUCGGAAUUGGUGGAUUCUGUGUGCAAGAUUGUGGAAAGUCAGGGAUGGACUCCUGAAGCAAUCAAAGAAUUGGACGAAGCCAUGGAGGUCGUCUCUCCCCACCUGGUUUUGUUGAUAGUCAAGCGUAUUUCCGGUGAUGCGAUGCUAGCUUGGAACUUCUUUCGAUGGGCACGGCAGAAGUCCAGCAACCGAUUUAGUCUACGAGCCUACGCUGUUCUUCUGGAGUGCCUGGGACGCGCUAGAAACCUGGAGCUCGUGGAAGAGGUCAUGAAGUUGGUUGUGGAAGAUGGUCACAGAAAAAGCAUCUGGCCCUACAACAUUGUUUUGAAAUGCUUCGCCGACAAUGUGGACACGGCUCUUCAUUUCUGGGGUCUAAUGAAGCAGGUCGAAUGCCGGCCCACUGUGGUGACGUACACCAGAUUGAUAGACAUUCUUGUAAGACAUGGCCGGAUCGAGGCCGCUUCUGAGAUUUUCAAAGAGAUGCUGCAGGCCGGAUGCCCCCCGAACAUAAGCACGUACAACGUGCUGAUUCAUGCUUUUGGGGAAGCAGGUCAGCCAGAAGCUGCCCUCGACCUCUUCGACAAGCUUUCGGAGCUGGGUUGCAAGCCCAACUACUCCACUUUUCACACGCUGAUCGCCAUGCACGUCAAGGCCGGCAACAGAGAAGCUGCUCUCAAGUACUACAACAUGCUCAAAGACGCCGGACUCGAUGUAAGAGAUCACACUGACCAGGCAUUACGCGAGUCUCCGGUGGAUGGAAAAUCUUCCACUGAGGGUGAGGAGGCAGGAGAGGGAAUUGCUGGAGCUCUGAGUGCUCCCGCUGUUGCAGUUGAGGCCAGUCGGAUCCUGAGUGCAGGCGCCUUAGUCAAGUUGAUGGAAGAUGAACAUCCGAAUUCCAUCGGCGAUAAGCUAGACAAGGUCAACCCCCGAAUCUAUCCUCGACUUGUCGUCCAAGUUUUGCAGCGGGUCAAGAGCCCAGAAACUGCGUUGAAGUUCUUCGAUUGGGCCGGACGACAGCCGAAUUUUCAGCACAAUGAGUUCACUUACAGCAAGAUUAUCAGCAUCCUCGGAAGGAGCCUCGUAAACAGCGAAACGAUCGAUAGAAUUCUGACGGAUAUGCAACAACGGGGGAUCAAGAUCAACUCCCAAAUCUUCACCGCCCUCAUUACGUGCUAUGGGAGGGCGAAGUCCAUCGACGGUGCGCUGCAGCUCUUCCAGCAGAUGAAAGAGUGGGGAUGCACGCCCGACACCAUCACGUACACCAGUCUCAUCCACCUCUUAGCCAAGCAUGGCAGGCACGAGCACGCCACGGAAAUGUUCAAGGAGAUGCAGCAGGCUGGCUGUGCUCCGAAUGCCCUCACUUACUCUGUGAUAAUUUACAACCAUCUCAAGUCAGGACAAGUCACCGAAGCAUUGGAGCUGCUGACGAAGAUGCCGGAAUUGGGCUGCAAACCGACCUCGAUCACUUACGCCUCUCUCAUCCAUCACUGUGCCAAAAACGGUCAAGUGGACGUGGCCAAGGAACUCAUGGAAAGGAUGGAGAGCCAAGGACUUAAACCUUUGAGGGCAUCUGUGUCUGCUCUCGAUAGUGCGUUGAGGACAGCAGGCAGGGUGGAGGAGGCAGAAGCCAUCGACAGAAAACUCAAGCGGGAAAGGGUUUGGGACGACACGUACAGGGUUCCCACGGAAGAGGUGGCCCGAGAGCUGGUCUUCAAGCACUUCUUAGCUGGUCAGGCUGAAACCGCCCAAAGUUGAUGACUGCGAGGUGCAUUCUCUCGGCCAGACAUUUCUGCCGUCGUCUUGGAGUCGAAGCUCACCAAUCGGUGCCCAUCCGGAAAGGAGCAGUGCAGCCUCAUACAUUUUCUGUUGCGCUCAGCCGUCACUGUUCAACAACAAGAUGCUGGCUAGGAUUGUCAAAUGUGUCAUUCGUUGUUGAUAUAUGGUGCGCCUACGGGCAGAGGUAGAAGCUUUGUCCAAGAUGAUGAGUUCUACCACACACACGCUCAUACACAGACGUGGUUUACAAGUCAUUGAAGUAAGGUCGUCAGCGCCUUUCUGAAAAGGCGGUUGAAUAUCUUCUUUCCCACUUUCAGAAACUCGCCCGGGAUCGGAGUGCGAAGACUUUCUCCAGAGAACGCAUUAUAGAAUAUAAUCAGAUUCAACUGUUCUUCUGCUUCGUCAAACAAUGGAUACGAAGUCUCCUAUAUAGCUGAUCUGACACAUCGCUUGAAGAGGGUGGUCAGAUCGACGUUUCGCGAGUGCAGGCAACCUCACCGUCGAAAAGGUAGUGGACAAAGGGACGGUCCACUGCGGUACCAUCACAUUAGAGCGAGAGGAGAGAAUAUUUUUAUGGGGGAUAGACAACCGGGAAGUAUAGUACAAAAAGAAAGGGACGAGAGUUGCUGGUUCCAACUUUACUUACUGCCUUGUCUGAGAGGAUCCAAAGACUUCCCGACUGGAGUUUGCAAUAGCCAUGCUGUGGACGGUGCCGACGGUUCUACAAUCCCCAAAGAACGAACGCGAAAGGAGUGGCCAAGAAGAGAGGCCAAAAUGUGGAGGACAUUCCGACUGAGAAGAGUAGGCGUUUAUCGUUGUGUAGUAUUCUGAGGGUUGACGGUCCAAAUGUGGUAAAUGCACGUGGAUUAAGCCGUGUUUCUUAAGCACGCACACAAUUCACGAUCAGGAGGAUCAAGAGGAAGAGUGGACUCAAAACAGGGAGCACGCAAACGUUCACAGUUCCAAAUACAUGCUCAAGUGGACAGCAGCGUAACUGAAUUGCCGAAGGAGGCAGGGAAUAGUUUCAUAGAAUUUACGAUUUAAAACUGUAUUUUAGCAAGCAAGCAAGUCAUUGAUCCCAUCGCUCAACGUCGAGCUGGGAAGGCAUUGGCAAUAAAGUAAGGCUGGAAUUUGUAGAGACAGUAGAAACGGCUUGGGAGUAGUUAGUGUAUUCUUUACUUGGAAUAAGACCAAGAAUUUCACUUAUCGAGGGCAAACAGCAUAUCAUUUGUUCUUUUUAAGGCUUAUGGAUGGACACAAGGGAGAGAUAAUAAUGACGGGUAUGAACGCAGUCGAUUUACUCUAAGUGCAACCUUUCUAAGUGGAAAAUGCUGUUAGCCUGUUUGAAAAUCUUGGUCUUAUUCCACAUCAAAUAUAUACGGUUUAACUGGGG